CGUUCGAUGACGUCAAAUGCCGAAAUAUUUGAUGACCAGCUGUGCCAACCAUCGUCUUCUUCCCAAUCGACGGGUAUUUUCCCAUGGAAUCAAUUGCCGAGGGAAUUGCAAGUGAAAAUUCUGCGGAACUUGAGCCGUCGAGAUCUCAGCCAAUGUCGUUCACUGAACAAGGAAAUGUUCGAAAUUAUACGGAGCAACGAAAGUUCCAUGAGGAGACGACACCUUGAUCUUUUGCGGAUAGAGCGGAUCGGUCAGAAUCGGGUUCAGUUGGUCAUGCGAUGUGAUGAGGAGGGAAAGAGCAGGAAAUGGGUCGCCUGCCAAAAAAGGAAGAGACGAGAUCCCGCAGGGUUGGAUACAGAUAUCAAGAACGCGUUCGUGGCACUGUUUCCAACGGUAGCGGCGGCCUCAUUAGGUGCUAUCGCUUCUCGAGGUAACCGAUCGACACACGAUGCUGAACUGCUCUCCUCCUCCACUGAAAUUCCAUCAGCAAUCAUCGAUCGGUUGGCAGAAGUGACUAGAGGAAGCGAAAUAGAUCGGUUACGAAUCAAUGAGGGCGUUAUGCGAGAGGAAUGA